GUCUUGUUGGAUUUUUGCCGUGAACGGACGUAUCUUGUGUGUUUGCGCUGCUGCGUCGCAGUUAGCGUAGUUUGACUCAAAACAAUUCAAUAACUGCAACAACAACAGCAACAGCGCAUUCUGAGUUGUGUUUACAUUUUAAAUGUAAUUUAUAAAAUAGCAAUUAAGCUUAAACUUUGUGCGUCGGGUUUUAUUUUAUUUUGUUCGGUUUAUUUUUUUUUUGUUGUUUUUUUUGUUUUGAUUUUUUUUUUGUCAGAGUUUUAAUCGAGCUGACAAACUAAAUGUGCAGGUGCAAAAAAGAACAAAUCAAAAUCGCAAUCGCAAGACGAACAACGAUUUGUCAACUAAAUUUAUGUAAGCAGAAGAAAAACGGAACAUAACAUAAAUUACUAAGCAUUCACAUACAUAAAUGUACAUACAUGGAUACAUAUUUAUUUACAUGCAUAUGUAGAUACAAUACACGAAUACGAACAAUAAAGCAACUUUACACAUUCCAAUUUGAUUCUGUUUGUGUGAAAAACUAAUAAGUAAAAAGAGACGACGAAGCAACAAAAACAACAACACAACGGCAGCAGCAGCAGAAACAAAAACAACAACAACACAAGUAUUAACAGCAAGAAAACCAUAGGCACGGCAAAGAAGAAAAUAAAUAGCAAUUUCGACUAAAUAAAGUACCCAAAUCACCGUCAAUCCAGUCGCGUGACCGUUUUUCCGCCACUCUAUGUGCAUGUGCAUGCGUGUGUGUGCGCUUUUAUUUAUUUAUUUUGAUUUUUGGUCACAUUAAAGUGAACAUCGUAGAGUUGCCACUUGUUGAACUCUAUACAUUUGAAGUCGGGAGUCUUUUUUCGCCCAAUGUCGACGCAGCGGGAACGUGGAUAACAACAGGAAGAUAAGGAGCAAGAGCGAGAGUGUAAACGAGAGUGGAGAGAGAGAGAGAGAGAGAGGAAAGCAGCGUGUGUGCGAAAAGAGAGGCCAGAGACGCCAGAGAGGAAGUUCUGGCAUGCAGCUGGCUGGCUGGCCGGCUGGCUGCUUUUACGCCUCCUCUCCAACACCAACACGAACACGAACAACAACACCAACACCAACAUCGACAACAAUUCAAAUAGCGAUUCCCAUUCCAAAUCCCAUUCCUGUACCGUUGAUAACCACGAUCACGGCAUUAUCAUCAUCAGCGUCUCCAUUGCGGGACAUUAUCAUCAUCUCCGAUUCAGAUUCCGGUUCCGAUUGCGAUUCGCAUUGCAACGGCUUGACAAUCAGCUCGUGAUUGGCGGAUUUGAUUCUUCAACAUGGACAACGAGAUAUGCAAUCCACAACUAUGUCGCAUUUGCAUCACAUCGCACACAAACUCCAUGCAAAUGAUUUCCAUUUUCGGCGAGGAUUCACUUUGGCAGAAGAUCACCACAUUGGCGGAUGUCAAGAUCACCAAGAACGACACGCUGCCACAACAGGUGUGUGUGAAUUGUGCAAAGACGGCGAUCUCGGCGUGUUUGUUCAAGAAGAAGUGCGAGGAUGCGGAUAACUUUUAUCGCCAACAGUUGCUGAUUAAGAAGAUCGAGGGGCACAGCGGGGGCGGUGGUAGCGAUGCUGCAAAGGAGGAGGAGACGCUGACAGAAGAGGCAGCUGAAAAGGGGCAUGGGAAGGGGCAGUUGAAGAGCAGUGGAGGCAGCGGAGGGAGCGGCAGUGUGGCAAGCAGCAGUAGCAGCGGCAGCGGCAGCAGCAGCGCCGGCAGCAGCUCCAGCAGCAGCAGCAGCUCCGACGACGAUGAGGAGGAGGACAACGAGACGAAUGCCAAUGGAGCAGCUCCUGGAGAAGCCGAUGUUGAUGGCAUUGGCAAUGACAAUGACAAUUUGGAUUGCAAUGACAAUGUGGAUGGCGAUGGCGAUGGCGAUGUGGAUGGCAAUGUGAGCGAUGCCAGCGAGGCACAGACAAGUGCCCAAAAUGGACAUGUGAAUGGGCAACAGCUGUUGGAUCCACUUGAGGAUGAUAUGGAGCCGCUGGAGGAUCGCCUGCAUCAUGACGAUUGCAAUGAGCAGCUUCUGCAGCAGGAUGCACAUGAGGAUGGUGAGAUGCCGGAGCAUGUGGCAUUCAAUUCGAUACGCCUGAUGCAGGAGUAUAUGCAACAGCGUAUGAAUAAGUUCCCCAAUGGCAACAAUGGCCGUCAUAUUGAUGCCUCCCAUCAUCCGCACGAUGUUGAUGACGAUGAUGAUGAGGAUGAGGAAAUGACGCUGCCAUUAAUACCAGAGAUUGAGCUCAUCACACCAUCCGAUGAUCCGUCAAUGAUCUCGCCCAAUGAUCCCAAUGCCAGCGACAUUCCCAAUGGCAACACGUCCAUGCAUCCGGUUGUUGGAGGCGUACGCGGAUUUCAGUGUCCACACUGUUAUCUGGUCUUUGAGAUGAAGCAGAUACUCAAGGCGCACAUGCAGAGUGUCCACGGUGCCCCCGGGCCCGUCUAUGAGUGCACCAAUUGCCGCAAGACAUACUUCUAUAAGCGAUUCCUCGAGAAGCACAUCCGUCGUGGUCGUUGCGUCAAAAAGCGACGCAAUCAGACUCGUCCCAUGCAGUGCUCCGAUUGCCAUGUCCUCUUUCCCACCGGCCAUCACCUGGGCUGGCACAAGCGCACCGGUUGCCCCUCCAAGGCGGCCAAAAUGCCAUUGCAGCAGCUCUUCAAACAGAACAUUGUGCAGUUUAACAAUUUUCCCAAACGCCUGGCAGCUCGCAAACCGCCGCCGGAUAAUGGUGCACUGCAUCUGAACAAUCGCAAAAUCAGCCUGACGAACAAGCGCAAGGGACGCACUCGCAUCAAGUUGGAUGCCAAGAAGAUUGCUCUGGCCAAGCAGCUGAUCCUCCGGGAGGCGACGACGACCGUUAUUGCAAAUGAAUUGAAUAUAUCACGCACAUUUGCCUGGCGCUUACGCAAGAGUCUCGUCAAUGGGGUUAGUCUGCAUGAACGUGUCGUCGAUCAGGCGACCGAGGAGCAACAGCAGCAGCAGCAGCAACAAUUGCAGCUGCAGCAGCAACUACAACAGCAGCAGCAACAACAGCAGCAGCAGCAACAACAGCAACAACAGCAGCAACUGCAACAACAGUUGGAGGAACGCGAGCGUCAACAGCAUCUAUCGUUGCCUUAUGGCCAUCUUGGACUCGGCCUUAUCAAGGAGGAGCAGGUGGACAGCGAUGAUGAGCAGCAUGUUGGCUUAACCAUCGAUGAUGAUCUCGAUCCAGAGAUCGAUGGCGAUGCUGAUGGUGUUGUCAAUGGCGCUGGCGAGAUCGGAGCUGAGGAGACGGCGGGCUAUGCCGGUGACAAUGAUGAUGUCUGCGGUCUUCUGCACAAUGGCUACGACAUGCGUGCCCAGAUGGAAGAUGUGCACAGUCCCAUGCCAGAUGCCUCGGAUAUGGAUCAUGAGCAUCGCUCGAAACGUGAUGUCUCCAUGUCGCCUCCACCGAUGCUGCCCGCACGUGCCGAUGUUGAGGCGUAUCAGCGUCUCUUGGCGGAGUCCCAACGUUUUCCCCACAUUGUCAAUGCUCAGCAGUUGCAGUUGCAGCAGCAGCAGCAACAGCAACAGCAACAACAGCAGCAACAGCAACAGAAGGUCGCACAUAAUGGCACGCUUCCAAUGUUGACGCGUUAUCCGCCCGCCGUUGUCUCGGCAGCCAAUCAUGCUUUGCCCGUCAAUCUGUCCCUGCGCUCCAUGCCGCCAAUGAACAGCAACGAGAGUAAUGGCAGCACUAGCAGCAAUGCAACGGCACCUGCCCAGCAGCAACACCAUCAUCAGCAGCAGCAGCAACAACAUCAACAUCAACAACAUCAACAGCAACAACAUCAACAGCAACAGCAACAACAACAGCAACAGCAACCGCUGUCACAGAUCCAUCAACCCGGAAAGAAACCUCGCAAACCGAAUGUCUUCAUUGAUGAUGAGAAAUAUGCAAUGGCCAAGUUGCUGGUGGCCCAAAACUCAUCGACAAUGGAAAUAGCGCGUGCAUUGAAUGUCUCACAGAUGACGGCCUGGAAGGUGCGUGAUGCCAUAUUGAAGGGGGUGCCCCUCUCCUAUCGCAACAAGCGUUCCGAGGGCAGGGACGAUAUGCGUCUAAGCGAGGCAGCGGCAAUUGCGGCCAAGGAGCAACAGCAGCAGCAACAGCAGCAGCAGCAACAACAGCAACAACAACAGGAGCAACAGCAGCAGCGUCAUCAACAGGAGCUUCAACGUCAGCAGCAGUUGCAGGAAUUGCAGCAGCAACAAUUGCUGCUUAAGCAACAGCAGCAGCAACAGAAGCGUCAGCAGCAGCAACAGGAACUACUGUUGCAACAGCAACAGCAGCAACAACAACAACAGCAGCAGCAGCAGCAGCAACAACAAUUGCGUCACACACCAGCAGACACAUCACAUUAUCAGCAACAACAACAACAACACAAUGGUGGCAAACAGUUACAUCCACGUCGCCGGUUGAAGGCCGCCGAGCGUGAGCUGCGCGACAAGGAGAUCACACGCGAAAUACUCGAACUGAUCAAGGAGGACAGCAACAUCCAGUACUGGAAGGUGUCCGCCCGUCUUGCAGAGAAGGGCAUCAAUAUAUCACCGUCAUCCGUUUGCCAGAAACUCAAAUCGAUGGGCAUUCAUCGACGUUGGAAGCCUGGCGAUAAGCCACCAAUGUUGGCCAUCAGUCAACUGAAGGCAGCAACUGUUGCUGCUGCCGCGGCGGCAACACUGGCAGCCAAUGGUGGCAACUUUGCUCUGCCCAAUGGCGUCAAUGUUGUUGGGGGCGUGGGGGCCAUUGUUGAUGAGGCCUAUGAGCAGCAGCAGCUCGAUUUGGGCGUACCACAUUUUCUCAGUGCCUUUACGCUGCGAUAACGCAAACGAUAACGCAACCGAUAACGAUAACUGAACUGAACUGACGGUAACUAUGACGAAAUGACGUUAG